UCAUUCGGGUCAGAUUCAGAGUCAUAGCUGACUGUGGGCUUCACAUCUUUCAGAGAGAGUUUGACGGGUCAGGCCGAAACUUUAUCCCGCCUUAUGUUUAUAAUGAGGCGUGUUCUGUGACAGAUUAUGAACUACAUCAGCACUUUCGCUUUAUUCUUUCACGACCAUUGAUUGAAUUUGACACACUUUCUGACUGGAAGUCGCAGCGGACACACUUGAAGACGGAGAGUUGAAGUUGGCGAACCGCCAUGGACCGGACGACUGAAGAGUGACCGCACUGCAUGCGCGCACAGAACCGGUUCUGAUGGCGGAUAAAAGCCCGUCUGGUCUACUGGAGGCGUGUGUGGUGGCCGGAGUAUCAAACGAACGCCUGAAGGAGUUAUGCCUAGGUAAAGAUGUGCUGGUGGAGGCUGAGGUGCUGCAGGUUCACGCUCCACCGUUUGUGACGAAGGACAGUUCCAGUAACGGUGUUAAUCAGGAUCACGCUCUGGCCUUCAGCAGAGCCCAGCGGAGACGCUCCUUCAAGAAGAGGGACCGACCCGUUUCAACCAUCAGCGAAUCCGGCAAACUCAGCGAAUCGGCAGUCCCCGUCUCAGACGAUCUCAGCGUACCGCAGAACAUCGACCUCAUAGCCCUGCAGCAGCUCUGCUUCCCAGGUGGUUUGAGAAUAACCAAUGAGUGCGGAGGAGACUCCUAUCACUUCCUGGUGUUCACGGAUGUGUUCGGGACCCAGACUCAUGGGGUGGUGGCUCAGUUCUGCAAACCUAUCCAGUUCCAACAGGAUAAUAUGAUGCAUAAAAAUCAGUCGACCAAACUGCAGCGUCUGUACACCACAUACAGCAUAUGUGUCAUCUCCAAAUAUCCAUAUUAUAAUGCCCUCAGAGACUGUCUGUCCUGUUUCUUGCUCCAGCUGAAGACCUCCCGCAUGACCGAGUUUGAAGAGCAGGUGAAGGAGUUUUCCGCCAAACUGGCCCUGGUUCCCAUCCCGCCUCCCGGACCCCUGCAUGUGGUGUUUAAUCUCAGACCCCUUCAGAUUGAACUUCCCUCCAGACUGGAUGUGGAUCGGCCCGUGUUGGACCUCGAUCUUCACCUGCCGUUUCUGUGUUUCAAACCCAAGCAGAUCCUGCAGAUCAUCGGCUGUAUCCUGAUGGAGCAGAGGCUGGUGUUCCUGUCCACCGACUGGGCCAAACUCACGCUCGUCGCCGAAUGCUUCAUGAUCUACAUCCACCCGCUGCGCUGGCAGCAUCCGUUCGUACCCGUCCUGUCCUGCCAAAUGCUGGACUUCAUCAUGGCUCCCACGGCCUACCUGAUGGGCUGCCACACACACCACUUCCAGGAGGUCGCGGAGGAGAUUGAUGAUCUGGUUCUUAUAGACAUUGACCAAGGAACGGUGUCGUCUUCAAGCUCAGACAGACUUAAUCUUCCAGAUGUGCCACUGGCAGCCAGAGAUUGUUUUAUAUACCGAGCCAGUUCGCUUCAGCUUCACUAUGAUCUGGAUCUGUGUCACGCCGGCAGCCGAACGGACAUCCACGAGCUGCGCGCUCACAGGAGACGGUGGCAACACGAAGUCAACAGCGUCAUCCUGAACGUCAGCAUGGAGCUCAUCGUCAACAUCUUCAGUGAAGUGUGUGAAUUCCUGAACUAUGAGCAUCGUGUUUUCAACAGCGAGGAGUUCCUCCGCUCCAGAGAGACCACAGAUCACAAGUUUUACAAAAGGGUUUUAGACACUCAUAUAUUCCACUCAUUUCUGCGGGACCGUUUGAACAGGAAGAAUGACGCAUUUACUCGCAUGCAGAUGAACAUCCGUACAGAGACUCGGAGGUUGAGGACCAUGGCGGAGUGUCCACGCAGACCCACGAUGGAGGAGGCCAACCGCAAGACCUUCAGACUAGAGAACGGCCUGAACAACAGGCUGGGGAAGAGUAUGCCAAACCUGGCGGACCACCGAUUGUUUACUCUCCCGGUCCGACAGAUAUCAGUCGGAACAAUGUCUUUACAGAGCGGUUCCUGGGGUCCCUCUAGGCCAAUCAGAACCUUUAAUCUCCCAGAAUUCCCUCCUCCGCUGUCCUAUCAGUACGUUCAGAAGUACUAUGUUGAUCUCAUUGGCCAGUUGAGCAGAGCCAUCUCCAUGGCGACCCCAGAUGACUCCGCCCUGCUGGCCCGUUACUAUUACCUUCGAGGCCUGGUGAACUCAGUGGCCGGCAGACGCGUGGACGCCCUCGGAGACUUCCAGAGCUUGUAUAAGACAGACAUGGACAUCUUUCCAGCCGAGCUGCUGAACGCACUGGUUGAGUCGCUACCAGGGAACGAGAGAAAGUUGGCCGAGCAACGCCCCGAUUUGAAGCGUCUGAUCAGCCGGGUGAAAAAAGACAAUGAGCGUGAGCUGGCGCAACCGAUGGAUGGCGGGACGGUGAAGAGAUUCGAACUGCCCAAGAAACACUUGCACGUGGAGGACUUUGUGCGGUGCGUUCAGGAGUCCGGCAUCGUUAAGGAUCUGGGAACCAUCCAGAGGCUGUUUGAGGCGCUCACUGUUGGUGUGGAGGCCUCGUCCCAGUCUGUAUUUUACCUUGCCGUGGACGGCCAGCAGAAGCAGGUGGAUCCGGAAAUCUUCCGCUUCUUCUACAGCUUCUGGAAGGAGACCGAGGCCGCGGCUCAAGACGUGGACUUGCCGGCCGUCGCGCUGGAACACCUGGAGAGCGGCGAGUGUGUGUACAAGCUCUCGUCAUCCGUGAAGACCAGCCACGGCGUGGGAAAAAUCGCCAUGACCAAGCGCAGGCUCUUCCUGCUGACCGAGGGCCGGCCGGGAUACGUCGAGGUCACCAAAUUCAGAGAUAUUGAGGAUGUGAAGAUAUCUUCUGCUCCUUUCCUUCUGCUGAGGAUCCCGUCGCUGAAGAUCAGAACGUCCAUCAGGAAGGAGUCGUUCGAGGUCAACCUGAAGUCGGAGUGUGACCUCUGGCACCUGAUGAUCAAAGAGAUGUGGGCCGGGAGGAAGAUGGCCGACGAUCAUAAGGACCCUCAGUUCAUGGAGCAGGCCUUGACUAACGCCCUGCUGAUGGACGCCGUGGUCGGGAGCCUGCAGUCACAGAAAGCCAUCUACGCCGCGAGCAAACUGGCCUACUUCGACAAAAUGAAGUUUGAGGUGCCCAUGAUGGUCCCCAAAACCACAUCUGAGACCCUCAAACACAAGAUUAACCCGUCUCUGGACCAGACGUCUCCUCAAGCGGUGGACGUCCUGCUCUACACGCCCG